AGGACGCGAUCACGUCAACUGUCAAACCUGUCUGUCAAGUGUCACAAGCAACGUUUGGAAAUCGGAAGCGUUUUUCAAAAUACCAAAAAAUAAAAAAUGUCGAAAGCUCACCCGCCAGAGUUAAAAAAAUUUAUGGAUAAAAAGCUAUGCUUAAAAUUGAACGGGGGCCGGCAGGUCGUCGGAAUUCUGCGAGGUUUCGACCCCUUCAUGAAUCUCGUAGUGGACGAAAGCGUUGAGGAAUGUCGGGAUGGUAAAAAAAAUAACAUCGGCAUGGUGGUGAUUCGCGGCAACAGCAUCGUCAUGUUGGAGGCGCUGGAUAGAAUUUAAGACUUACCGUAAUAUUUUUGUAAUUUUAAGAAUUUAAGUAAUAAAAAAAUCGAUUUCC